AUGGUGUUGAGAAAACGGACGAUUAUGCACUACACAUCGUAUAUGGAGGAUUGCUGCACAUAUCUCUCACAACGGAGGGAUGUUCCCAGCGAUCAAUUGAUCGCGCCAUUUGUGGAAAUCCAGGUCCUUCAGCGGAAGAUUAGUGAAGCUUUCUGCCACCACGAUAUGUCUACCUGCGACAUAAGAGGGGAGCGCGCACUCCAGAUCACCGUUGAUUCUUUCUCUCGUGAAAUUGAUGGACUUAAAAAGGGCAUUGGCUCAACAAACAGAAAUGCUAUUCUGGUCCAACAACUUCACUUCCUGGAAGUCUGGAUUCGUGAAGUUGCGCUCUAUAACGAGCUUUGGCAAAGCACUUUCGUGCCUGCCCGACUCACUCAACCAGAGACUGAUCACUCAAUUCAGUUCUCAAUGCAGCGGACUAAUAUGCUGUGGCAGCUCGUCGCAGCAACUGUGUCAUUUCAUAAUUGGUGUCUGUCAGUUGACAAUGCCGAGCUACUUCAUUUUCCAUUCUCUUGGUGGGCAGAACAUUCUUACGUCAUUAUCGUUCAAGUCAGGACUGUUUUCCUCGACUGUGGGGCUGGUAUCACAGGAAAAGAACAGAUAAAUCUACGGGAACAUGACCAAGCAGAAUCGCUAGAAGCUGACUUCAGAAGAGCUGCUGAAAAGGAAGUCAUGAUACCUCAUAUGCUGGAUGUGUAUAUGGGGAAAUUGGCCACAGUGACCACGCAGCUUGUUGAUGAUGACGGCAACAGGGACAUGGUAUAUAAUUAUGGGGUUUUGCUCAAAAGCAUACAAUCUGGGUAUGAAAGCCGAAUUGGGGUUGAGAAUAGACCUGCGCCGGGGCAACUUGAAACGCAGCAAAAGCAACCAUCCCUUUCACAGCUGUCGCAUCCGGAAGUCAGGAGUACGGACAUACAAGGAUCGAUGCCGCCAGCAGUCAGCACAAAUCAUAUGGAGCUAGAAAUAGGUGACCUGCACAGUUCUUCUACAAGUCAACUGGACUUGCAAUUUGAUUUGGCCGAACCUGGACAACUAGACUCGCAAUCUGAUUUGGCCGAACCUGGUUUUGACGACUUCGUGUGGGACACGAUGAUGAAUGAGUUCUCAUUCCUCACGCCCCAAAAUGGACCAUCUCUUUGA